CUGGCAUCGCCGCCUGGAAGCCGUUUGCGUGGGAGAGUCGAGGCCGACGUGGUGUGUCGGGGUCGCGGAGAGCCGGCCAGGGCCCGUUUUUAGCCCAGUGCGCCCUUGCCGGGCUGCGGGUGCCGUGAAUGGAGGCCGGAAACUUUGCUGGGGAGACAGGUGGCGUUAUUAGCUGAGUCUGCGCGAAUCAGCGGGCAGCCUGAAUGUGUGAAUGUUGGGAGAAGCGAAGGAGUCGUUUUUGUAUAGAAAAGGCAGCAAGUAACGAGGAUGUCUCUGGCGGCCCCGUCUGAGAAGUCACAUCUCUAGCCUGCAUAAUGACGCCCUACCAAGCCCAGGGGUGCCCGGGGGCCUCCGGGCCUCGGACCCUUAGGUGGACAAGGAAGGCUCACAGAGGACAUGGUGCUUCUCCAUCUGUUCCCUGAGGCGUCCAGCUGCCGCCCAUGGAGAUCCAGUGCAGUUAUGAACCUCAAGGACACCAGCCUCCGGCAGUGUCUCCGUGACCAAAGCAAGUCACAUGACCAGUUCCAGAGUCAUUGUUGGAGACUGCGCAGAUACAUAAAGGUACUUCAGAAAGUUCUUGGAGAGACAGAAAUAAAAGAUGGUGAGACGCAGACCAGGAUUGGAGAGGCAGCUUCAGAAAAGGAAAUUACAGUGAAAAUUGAAGGAUUUGGAGACUCUAAAGAGGAUGUUCUCCAGGAUUCUGAAGACAGAGAAUUCUGUGAAUUUGGGGAUAAGUUAAAUGAAAAGGAUCGGAACCUCACUGAAAGAAGACAAUACAGUUGUGAAGAGUGUGGACAAGGCUUUUCUUGGAGUACAGGCCUUAUUAGGCAUCAAAGAACCCAUUGGGAGAAACCCUAUGAAUGUGAUAAAUGUGGAAAGGCCUUCCGUGUGAGCUCAGCCCUGGUUCUGCAUCAGCGAAUUCACACUGGAGAGAAGCCUUACCCUUGUAAUCAAUGUAGCAAGAUGUUCAGUAGGCUUUCAGAUCUUAUUAAUCACCAGCGAAUUCACACUGGAGAGAAGCCUUACCCGUGUAGUCAGUGCAGUAAAAUGUUUAGUAGAAGAUCAGAGCUUGUUAAACAUCAAAGAAUUCAUACAGGUGAGAAGCCCUAUGAAUGUGAUGAGUGUGGGAAAACCUUCAGUCAGAGUUCCAAUCUCACUCUACAUCAGAGAAUCCACACUGGAGAGAAACCUUAUCCGUGCAGUCAUUGUAAUAAAAGCUUUAGUCGCCGCUCAGAUCUUGUUAUGCAUCAAAGAAUACACACUGGAGAGAAGCCAUAUACAUGCCAACAGUGCAAUAAAAGUUUUAGCCAAAGCUCAGGCCUCACCAAACAUCAGAGAGUGCACUCUGGUGAAAAGCCCUAUCACUGUAGCAGUUGUGAGAAAGCCUUCAGUCAGAGUUCUGACCUUAUCCUUCACCAGAGAAUUCAUACUGGAGAAAAACCGUAUCCAUGCACACAGUGCAGCAAAAGUUUCAGUCAGAACUCAGCCCUUAUCAAACACCAGAGAGUUCACACUGGGGAAAAACCAUAUAAGUGUACUGAAUGUGGAAGGGCUUUCAGCCAUUGCUCAGCUCUGAUCCUACAUCGGAGAAUCCACACUGGGGAGAAACCAUACAAAUGUGACGUGUGUGGGAAAGCCUUUAGUCAGAGCUCAGAUCUUCUUCUACAUCAGAGAAUCCACACUGGAGAGAAACCUUAUCCAUGUCAUCAGUGUAGCAAAAGUUUCAGUCAAAACUCAAACCUUAUUAAACAUCGAAGAAUUCACACUGGAGAGAAGCCUUACCCUUGUAAUCAAUGUAGCAAGAUGUUCAGUAGGCUUUCAGAUCUUAUUAAUCACCAGCGAAUCCACACUGGGGAGAAGCCAUAUGCAUGCGGUCACUGUGACAAAAGCUAUAGUCGGCGCUCUGAUCUCAUUAACCACCAAAGAGCCCACACUGGUGAAGAGCCAUAUAAAUAUGAUGCUUAUGGGAAUGCCUUCAGUGCGUGCACAGAGCUUACUGAACACAGAAUCCACACCCUGCCAGUGUAUCCAGAGCAGCAGAAGUUUUAGCCAAUCUUCUCAUAUUAAUCAUCAGACAGUCCAUUCUGGUGAAGACAGCCUAAAUACGAUGAAUGUGGGAAAACCUUUUGUGUAUACACCAAC